AUGGAAGCCAACCAGCCUUCCUGGUUCAUGCUUAAUUUAAACGAUAUAAUUGUCAAUUUCCAUUGCUGGAUGCUAAAAGCCUCCCUCUCACUUCUUCUGAUUUCCAUGUGCGGUAUGCAAUUUGCAGCAAAUCUAAAUACUAUUGUAGAAUUGUAAUAAUGCAAAUUUUUAACUACAGAUGGCUCAACUGACAUUAUUGAAGAGGCCAUCUAUUACUUCAAAGCCAAUAUAUUUUUCAAGAACUACGAAAUAAAGGUUUGAAAUAUUGAGUUCUCACAAUAACACUUCCUUUGUAGUUUGGUUAAGUCAACAAAAUAUUGUUAGAUACAGAAUUCCUAAUUUGUACUUUGUGCACAACACUACAUAUUUUCAACUUGGAGUAUUAAUUGAUAAUUCCUUUUUAGGGCGAUGCUGAUCGUGUGUUAAUUUACCUAACACUCUACAUUACUGAAUGCCUAAAGAAACUACAAAGGGUACAUUAAUUAACAUAUAAAUUCCUGUUUCAGAAUAUUCACUUGUCCAACUGUUUCAUGGCUUUGGAUAAAAUAACAAAGUAGGGUAUGCAGGGCUUGAAAUUUGUACUGUCCCAAUAUCCAUAGGAUACCAGAUUUUAAAAUUGGAUGCUGGACAUCAUAAGCUCAGUACCAUUGGGACACUAAACAAAUUGAAUCUGUCCUCCACAGACACAGUAUUUUUCUGUUGUUUAUAAAUCCUUCUUAAACAUAUCUUAGAUUCAUUGUUUCAGUGUUUGAAUAUUACUAUCUGAACUAGAUUUUGUGGUGGAUUUCAAAAUUUCUAAUUUCAAGCCCAGGCAUGUUAAGGUGUAUUGCUGCCUACUAUAUUACCAAGAGACAUUGGCAGAUAGUGUAGGUAACCUACUGAUGCCUCCAACACAUCCCCGGCCCUUGACAAGUAAAAUUGUCUCAUAAAGAAACUUUAAUUAAGAAAGAAUAACGUAACAAAGUAAGUACUUUGUGAGAUUUGUAGCAAUGAGGAUAUUAUGCAGCACUAUCUUAUUAUCAAGAGGAAAGUUUUUAUUAAAUGUCUUUAAUAAAAUUCGAUUUCUCUUUCAGUGUCAAUCAAAGGAACAAGGCAGGAAAGAACUGCAAACAUUAGCAGUUACAGCUUUUGACAUUCCUGGCGACUCAAAAUUCCCAUUGAAUGCCAUGUAUCAGAAACCCAACUCCAGACAAGAAUCUGGUAAAUUGAAUUGUUUGUUAAAAGAAAUUCCUGGAUGUUGCAUAGCAUGGAUAGUAUCAUAGCUGUCUCCAUGGAGAAGCAUGGUUAGGCCAUGUAAAAAAAUAUCCUUGGUUUAUCAUCAAAGAUUUUUUUAUCGAAUCAUAGUUAGUAGAUGGACAGAAGAAUAUAUGUUCAAGUCACACAGCACAAUUGUAUGGAAUAAUCUUUUCAGAAGCUAUCACACUUUUUAUCUGAAUUGCCAAGAAGUCUGAAGAUCCACCAUGUUCUCACAAACAUCACUUAAAUCUAGUAGUUACAGCAUCAUAGAUGUGCUUGUAGAAAAUCGGAACAAUAUUAAAUAACAGUUGCAAGCAAAAGCAAGGUUUACUAUUUGCCUACAGUGUACAGUACCAUUAGAAAUAUUUUAUUUUGUAGUACAGUACCUUUAGUAAUUACAUUUUUUUCAUUCUACAGAUCAAAUGCGUCAAUACAUGGUUCAACUGCGACAAGAGCUUGGCUUGAGAAUUGUUGACAAAGUUUUUGAUCCCAAAACAGAUAAACCAUCAAAGGUACCAUUAUAAUUAUACCAUUAUUUAUAUACAUAUACUUUAGACAUGUUUAGGUGACUUUCCAUUGUAUAUUACCAUAGUGGUGGAUGUGUUUUACAAAAAGAAAAUUCAUGGACAAAAGUCUCUCUGGCCCUGGUCAAUAAAACAGUUUUGUAAGUAUAAAUUUGCUAUUUUUAUAUUUUCACUUUUUUCAGUCUUACUAAAAAUUGCCCUCGACAAAUUGACAAAGUUCCAAUUGCCAAGACUGUAUCAUUCAUGCAAACUUUUGUAUGUUUUAGGUUGAAAUAUGGCUGGGUAAAACACAAUGAAAUGAAAUUGUUACUGUAG